AUGUGUGCUAAGAUUUGGCUUUGUCCGCUUUCGCUACAUUUACUUUUGUUUAAUAUAGUAAGCGGGAAUCCGCUACUAAUGACAGCUGGCAAUUCCGACCAAGUAGCAAAAACCGCUGAGUGUGUUUUAAAACUCUCCGCUAAAUAUUUCGUCGAAAAACAAGCACUAAGUGGAAGCAUAGUGAUAAUAAACAUCAACUCUUACGUUUCCACUACACAAAGACUACUUUUGCAAACCAUCCACGGCGUUUCAGAGCCUUACGUAAUGCCGCCGAUAGGAAAGUUAAUGAAUACAAGUUUUGAUGACACUUAUGAAUUUCAUAAAGGUGGUGAGAUAAGUCUUGUUAAAAUCAUAAGUCAAUUUACAAACAUGAGUCUUAUUAUACGGAUGUCAGAGACACCUGAGGGCUGGGGAAUCAUUUAUCCGAAUGGAACAGCGACGGAGGCCUUCGGCGCUCUGAGGAAUGAUUCGGUUGACCUAGUUAUAGGCAACAUUGAAGUUACUAGGACCCUUCGUAAAUGGUUUGAUCCGACUGUGAGUUACACGCAAGAUGAGAUGACGUGGUGUGUUCCCAAAGCUGGACAGGCGUCGACUUGGGAUAACUUGGUCAUUAUUUUUCAAUGGUCUACUUGGGUCGCCACGUUAAUAAGCCUCAUAGUAAUGGGUUUGGUGUUCCAUUACUUCUAUUACAAAGAGCAAGACCGUAAAGUGACGACAUGGCCCACAAAUUCUCUGUUAAUGACGUUCAGUAUGUUGUUGGGUUGGGGGGCGUCAUUUGAGCCGAAAAGCACAACGUUUCGUAUCUUGAUAUUGGGGUGGCUGUUCUUUAGUAUCAAUUUGGGGAUAUCCUACGAAUCGUUUUUACGCAGUUUCCUAAUGCACCCACGAUUCGAAAAACAGAUCAGUAGCGAGGCGGAUCUUAUUCAGUCUAGAAUUCCGUUGGGAGGGAGGGAGAUUUACCGAUCCCAUUUUGAGAUUAAUAACGCAAGCUCGUUUUAUUUGUAUCGCAAAUAUAACUCGACGUCUUUCGUUGAAGGGAUCCAUCGGACUGCUUUGGAAAGGAAUUUCGCCGUAGUUUCGUCGAGGAGACAAGCCGUUUACCAGGAUCAAAAACUUGGAAAGGGUGCGCCGUUGAUAUAUUGCUUUCCGGAAAGCGACAAUUUGUACAAAUACGGAGUAGUUCUUUUGUCUAGAAAAUGGUUUCCGAUGUUGCAAAGAUUCAACUCGAUUAUUCGGAGCGUGUCAGAAAACGGUCUUAUAGAUAAAUGGAACGAGGAAUUGUUGCUUCGGCGAGGAAACGUGGAAGGGGCAAGCACAAUAGUUCCACUCGGCAUUCAACAUUUGUUUGGAGCUUUUAUUUUCAUAGGUUUAAUGUACGGAGCUAGUGUGCUUGUGUUUAUUGGUGAAUUAGCUUUUUAUUACGGGCAACAAAGGCAACCCUUGAAAUGCAACUAA